CCUCCCCAGCCCCCCAGAUGCCCAGUUUGGACUUGCUCCCCCCAGCUCCGACACUGUCGCUGAGUCCUCCAUGCCCCGUGAGGGGGCAGCAUGUCCGUCUCAUCUGCUCCCCCCCGAAGGGGUCCCAGGCUCUGCAGUUCCUCUUCUACGAGCUCCAGAGCAGCGGGUACUGGACAAGGAUGACGACACAGGACACAAAUGCCUGGAAGAUCCCAAGGAAGGAACCACAACGCAGCUUGACUUUCUCUUGUGUCUACUCAGUUCAGGGCAGCCCCCAGAACCAGAUCCAGUCUCACCAAAGCAACCCGGUGACACUGACCCUGACAGAUUCACAGUCAGUAACCCCAUGCAGUUAUCCGGCCUCAUCCCAGCCAGGUCACCACCUCGCAGCCAGCACGGAUCCCCCUCGGAUUCCCACCUCGCACCCUCCGGACCCUUCCCAGAAUGGCCCUGGACAUAACGUCACAUCUCCAGACUCGCAUGUGAUCUCCACGCUCUCUGCCUCCAGCCCUGCCACAUCCCAGCCAACCCCUGAGAAAGACACCACAGCCCUCCCAUAUCGAAAUGGGAUGUCCCCACUGCCCACCUCACAGUCCCCACUGCCAUCCCAGCAUACCCUUCAAGAUGACAUCACAGCUGCACAGAACCCGGACAGGACCCCCGCAUCAUCCACCCUGAACACAACCACCUCCCAGACUCUGCACUGCUGCACUGUCACAAAUACGACUCAGACGUCAGAGGAAGACGAAGACAACUUCUUCCUGAUUGUUGGCUUCUGUGUUGCGGGGGUGCUGGUUCUGCUCCUGCUGCUCAUGUUUCUUCACAGGAGGUGGAGGGAAAGAAGACAGACAUCCAGGUCCCACUGGAAAAGCAGGGAGUUGCGCCUGUCUCGGCUAAAGAGGAGGUCCCUGGACACUGUUGGAGCCUAUGGGAACAAUACAAUCCCCAAGGAUGAGAGUGCAAAAGGAGUGCUCCAAGCAGAACCCCAGGACUGGGGGCUGCUGCCCAAGAAGGAAAUAAGCAAGAAAGUGGAGCCCAGCAAGGAGCCAAUGUUGCCCAGCACCAAGUUCAAAGACCCAAUGAAUCCUUAUGACAUUGACCCUACCUAUUCCCUCCUCACCUUUCCCUACUCCACCUUCCAAACGGGGGAAGCAGAAGAGGUUUUCACCUUAAUUGAACCUGUCUACACUGACCCCCUGUCCCUCCACUGCAAGCAUUCCCUCAACGGAGACUUGGGUGCAUCCCGAGACCUGCAGGAAUGAAGUCUAGUGGGGGCUGGAAUCCAGGACUCCUGGGUCGUCACCCAGCUCUGAGCAGGAAGUGGGGGCUGGUGGACAGGAGAGGCCUGGGAGACAAGAUAGCUCCCAGACCUGACAGAGGACUAGAGUCUAGUGGAUUGGUGUAGAGGCAGGGCUAGGAGCCUGGACUCUUGGGUUCUUUCCCCAGCUCUGCUACUUCAUCUUCUUGUCUGCCCAGACACCUGGGUUCUCUCAGCUAUGGAAGGGAGUGGAGUCUGGUGGGCUAGAGCAGACAGAGGCUGGGAGCCUGGAUACAUGGGUUCUCUCUCAACCCUGGGAGGGCAGUGAGGUCCUGUGGCUUCAAGGAGGGUGGGCUGGGAGCCCAGAUUCCUGGGUUCAACAGUGUAAGUGCAUGAGCAUGUAUUUUUCUUCCCUGUGGGGCUCUGUACAGUACAGCUUGCAUGCUUUUCUAAUGUGUAUAUGCUGACACUACUUCCUUGCCUGCCUUGUGUGCAUGUCUCUCUCCAUGCAACCCCUUUGAACAAAUAAAAGUUUAUUUCAA